AUGUCGAGUCGCUCGUGGCAAGUGGCUACAGUCGCGACUGCCACUGCGGCAGCUGUGCCGCUUGUAUAUUGGCAAUACCACCGAUACAUUGCGCGAAAGGAACGCCGAGAGGCGAUUAAGCUGUUGCGCAAGGUGGAACUGAUAGCCGAAGAGGUUGCAGUUCGGAUGAUGCAUUUGGAGACACGAGCGAAUGAAUUGGUGAACGAAGAGGCCACGAGGGAGGCUACGGAGGUGAAGUUGGCGAAUCCUGCGGCGACCUCGGCGUUGAACUCCUAUUAUCAUUUUGACUCAAGAGGCAACAAGCUGAAAACGAAGUGGGACUCGUUCGAUGCGGACGCUGAGCUAGAACGACUUGAGAAUGAAGAGCGAGGAGUUCAAGUAUCAUCACUUGCUAAUAAAGCCAAGGAUUCAGCGUGCAGGGCUCCGCAGAUCUCCCGAUCAGACGUUCUCGCCAUGUCCAAAGGUAUUGAGCACGAGUUCGAGGCUGUGCUGUCGUUUCUAGAUGACGUUCGCGGUGACAAAGAAGUAAAGCAGCUUCGCAAGAAUCUUGCAACUCGGGUUGCCAAGGAGUACCUUUCACGUAUUGACGCAAUACAAGUAUUGCUGGCCUGA